AACCAAUAACAUGUAAAAUUGUGAUUUUUCAAGUCAACUAACUUGACUAGUCAAGCUUUACUAGUUCAUAAUGAUUAUAUCCAAUCAAACGGAAGCCAUUGUAACCUUUUCGAUUGCCUUGUUGAUUGGAAUUAUUGGAUCCAUCGGUAACUUUCUGGUCAUUUUGUGUUUGACCAAGUAUUCGGCAAGUUUGAUUAAACAACCAACAACUAAACUGGUGAUCAAUUUAAGUACUUCGGAUCUUAUAUUUUGCCUUUUCAAUGUACCAUUAACAGCGACUCCAUUUCUUACUCGUAAUUGGCCUUUCGGUCAAUUGAUUUGCCAUUUAUAUCCAUACUUUUACUAUGGAAAUAUUGCAGUUUCUCUUUUAUCAAUUACUUUCAUUGCAAUCAACAGAUUGGUCAUUAUUAUUAUCAAUGCUCAGUCCAACAGUUUCUAUUCCAAUCGAAAUCUGUGCAUUAUGGUGAUAAUUACUUGGGUAUUACCAUUUGCUAUCCUUUGUCUACCUUUGACCCAUACUUGGGGAUACUUUGGAUAUCAAGCCAGCCUUUUAACCUGCACAAUCAUGGGGAGUGAAGCAUUGAAAGAUUUCCUUUUUUUGAUUAGCUUUGUAAUACCAUGUUUAACAAUCAUCAUCUGCUAUGGGAUCAUUUGGUUUAAGGUUCGUUCUCAUACUCGAAACUUAGCUGACAAGGGAAUCAAUCGUAGCCAGAGAGAAAUGAGAUUAACUAAAUUAAUGUUCACCAUUUUCGCGGUUUUCGUCAUUUGCUAUGCACCUUCAGUUAUAUUGCAAAUAACAUCAGCUCCAGUAAGGCAUCCUUACGUUUACAUUUUAUCUUUAUGGCUGGUUUUAUUCAGUGCGUCGGUGAACCCAUUGAUUUACUUCAUCAUGAACCCCCAAUAUCGUAAUGCUUUCCAUCGACUGAUAUCAAAAUCGGUAGAACCAACAGGAAUGACCUCAGAACACUCGACCAAUUCGCAGAGGAAAUGAUGGAAAUUUGGUAUUGAUGAUUCCACAUCUGCGAUUACAUUGUACAAUCAUGGUUUACUUUCAUUCUUGUUUGAUGGACCUAACUUCAUGUCUUAUUAUCAAAUUAUGCUUUCACAUUCCCAUGAUUUGAGGCGGCAGCUACACGAAUGAUUGAUAAAUAUUAAUCUGAUCAAAUUAUAA